UAGCAUUGAAAGUUGUGUACGUUCAAUAGGAUGACAGUCCAUAAACUUGCAGGUUCGAAGAAGUUCGAACCUUCCUCUCUCAUUCUAUGAUGACGAUUUGCGUAUCGCCCUUGGUACAUUCAACGCGAUCAUCUGGCUGGGGUAAAUUAGAGGCAACGGAAUACUUAUCGGCAAUAUUGACCUAUAUAUAUAUAUACGAGCACUGCCCUCAAUCCCUUCCACACCGUCACCUUCGCAUUUUGUUCAUCACUUUACAUUUAUCAUUCAUGUCAGACGCAGGAAGUUGUUUAGGUUAUCUAUGCGGAGGCUGCUGCAUCGUGCUGACAACUGCUCUGGGAACUUGGUGUAACACAAAUGUGUUUGGCGCUAACGCCAAAUGCUGCGGUUCGCGAAGAUGUUGCGGAGGUUGUUGCCAGGAAUCUUUUGAUGAAGAUAAUUUCGACGAGCAAAUGAAAAAGGAGAUGGAGCGGACGAGAGAUACCAGGCAUCCUGUUGAAACUCAGCCCGGGCCAUCUGGUAGUAUGACCGCAAACAUGAAGGAGGGCGUGCGCAUGAAAAAUUUGAAUGGACCGGUCUAACGAUAUUUCACCAGCACCACAGCAUGGAUUCGGAAGGUGUAAGCAAACAUUGCCUGCUUCCGUCGCGAGCAAGAUACAGGCGUGCUGAUGGUUUAAACAGCUUGCGGGUGUAUUUGAGUGCGAUGUGUUGAACCUGGGAAUGUUGGAAUUUCGGAUACACAAUGUGUGGUUGUAUUUGCACAGUGUGGCUAAUUAGGAUUAAGGCUCUACACACCGCCGACUGGUUUGGAGUCUG